ACGACGAUGAAACGCAGCAAUGUGCGGGUCACCUAGUGCAGAGCAGGAGAACAGCCAUCGUAAUCGCUUUACGGCAGCAGAAUAAUGGCGGCCUACGGGGGCAGUUUUGAAAGUGCGAGGAGUAUAGAGGAGAAAAAGGAGAGCAAGAGGCGCGCCCAGGAGGAGUUGCUGGCACAGGCUAAAGAAGACUAUGAAAGGGACGAGAGAAGGAAGGAGCAGAGGCGGCUGCGGGGGGAGGACACCUGGAUGCUGGAUGAUGUCACUGAGCGCCUGGAGCAGAUAGAACAGGAGCACUCAGGAAAGAAGAAGAAGAAAAAAGAGAAAAAAUCUAAAAAAGAAAAGAAGAAAAAGAGCAAAAAAAACAAAUCUGAGAAAAAUGAAGACUCGUCAGGCACUUCAGCCUCGGAUCCUGAGGGCGAUUGGGUCGAGGCUGCUCCAGCUCAGCCGGUCAGUGACAAGAAGGCUUGGAAAAUCCAAAAAGAGGCCCCUGAGAGAGAAAAGGGGGCAGAGGUUCAGAGGGACGACUGGAUGACCUUAGACUUUAUGUCUCUGAAAGCGACAUCAGCAGCCGCAUUAAGAGCAGAAAGACAGAAGGAAAAAACACUGGAGCGUGAACGAGGCGAAGCCGCCGAAAAGGAGAAGCUCCAGGCCAGGGAGUUAAACCCGUUCUGGAAGGAUGGCGGUACAGGAUUGCCACCAGAGGAGGGGGAUGUAACCUCAGAUAAAAAAGUUCAGAUGGUUGCAGAUGGUGGACUGAGCUGGCUAAAAAAGUCUCUGCAGAGAAUGAAGGAACAAUCGGAGAGAGAGAAGCGGAGUCUGGAGGCCAUUGUAGCUGAGAGAUAUGGCUCUAUGGAGAUCUUCCAGAGUAAAAUGGAAGCCGCAGAAAAAGCAUCAUCACAGCAUUUCAAGGGAGAAAGUGAUGACAGGAGGGAGAGGUGGAGAAAGCCAAAAUAUCAUGACCAAGACUCUCCAAGAUAUCCAAAACCAGAAGGUUCUAGAAACUGUGAUAGACAGCGUGACCGUUACAGUGAUGAUCGCAGAUCUGAUAGGUCUAUCUAUAGACAGCCAAGGGAAUAUAAUGAAGAGGAUAAAGAGUCCAAGAGGGAGAGAGCAGAUCCCGGCCGUAGAGAAUAUCUAGCAAGACAUUUAGAAGAAGCUGCUGAUGGAAAGGGUGCUUCCUCCAGACUAAAACAGCAGUUCUUGAAACCUUCUGAAGAUAAAGAGGAAACCAGUGCCAUUGGAUUUAGACCCGUAAAAGUUGACUUUGAACCAUCGUCUCAGAUCUCGACAAAAAUUAGCUUCUCAAAACCUACAGAUGAUGAACCUCCACCUUUAUGGAAGAAGGCGUCAUCACACCGUUCCAGGGAGGAGACUCGGGAAACUAAUAGGGAAGACCAGGAUAUCGGUACAAAAAGCGUGAAAUCAGAAGAGUCAAGUGAACAGCACCAACAUUCUUCUAAAGAGAGUCCACCAUCAUCCUCACGACCUGAAACAAGACCACAACCCGUCCAGAUACUGAGCGAGGAAGAGAUGAACAAGCUCGGGGCCAAGAUUGUGAAGGCAGAAAUAAUGGGGAACACGGAGCUGGCUGCCAAGCUCAAAGCUCAACUGGAGGAGGCCCAUCAGCAAAAGCGAAAUCUACUACAAGACUCUGGGAAGGAGAGGAGAGAAAAAACAGAGAACUCAGAAGCUGGUGAAGAGCAAGAAGUUCUGCUGGUCAAAACUGACCUAUCCGGGAGAGCUUGGCCCAUAAACUCCAUGGCAGGUCCUGCAGAGCCGAGGGGAGGAAGGCGAAAAAGACAACUGGUUGAGACACACGUCGAUAAGGAAAGGGUCCGCUAUUUCCAUGAUGAUGACCACCAGAGCCUUCAAGAUCUGGUCAAGAGAGAAAAGAUGGGAACAGCCGAAGAUCAGAACAAACUAUACCUAAGAAUGGCAGCCAAGCUCAGAGAGAAGACUGACCAGGAUUAUUAUACCCUGGAUGAUAUGUUUGUCUCAAAAGCGGCAAAGAAUGAGCGAGCCAGCGAGGAAGAGGAGAGAGAGAGGCAGCAGGCUAUUGCAGAGCAUCGGAAGCUUGCCGCCAGGAUGGAGAAAUGCCCUUACUGCUUUGAUAAUGCCGAGCUUGCAAAGCAUCUCAUCAUUGCCAUAGGAGUGAAGGUGUAUUUGUGUCUUCCUAACCACGUUUCGCUCACGGAGGGACAUUGUCAGAUUGUUCCUUUACAGCACUACUCUGCAACCACAUUGCUGGAUGAAGAUAUAUGGAAUGAAAUUCAGAUGUUCCGUAAAACACUGGUCAAGAUGUUUGCCGAUAAAGGACUGGACUGUGUCUUUCUUGAAACAAACAUGAACCUGAAAAAGCGUUUCCAUCUGGUCUAUGAAUGUAUUCCUCUGCCAAAGGAAGUAGGAGAUAUGGCACCCAUUUAUUUCAAGAAAGCAAUUCUGGAAUCUGACGAGGAAUGGUCCAUGAAUAAGAAGCUAAUAGACCUGUCUACAAAGGAUGUUCGGAGAUCUGUUCCAAAAGGCUUGCCUUAUUUCUCGGUGGAUUUUGGACUUCAGGGAGGUUUUGCUCACAUUAUUGAAGACCACAACAAGUUCCCACAUUACUUUGGCAAGGAAAUCAUUGGUGGCAUGCUGGAUCUGGAGCCUAGAGUCUGGAGGAAAGCUUUGCGGGAGAACUUUGAUGAUCAGAGGAAGAAGGUUUUACAGUUUGCACAGUGGUGGAAGCCCUUUGAUUUCACAAAAACAAAGGAGUAACAUCGCUGUAAUAGGUGGAUGUAUUGUAUACACCCUGCUGUGUAUAUGGCACUGUUACGUGUAUGGACAGCUUUUGUUUUUUAUAUGUGUGGCCUGAAAAAGAAAAACUGCAAAACCAUUUUAAUUUUUUUUAAACAAAUAUUGUAAAUAAAAGAUUUUUGAAUAUGUUGAA